AUGAAGGCCGUGCACUAUGAAGGACCGUUCAAGGUCUCCGUCAAGGAGGUCGAGGAGCCGAAGAUCGAACACCCCGACGAUGCCAUCAUCAAGGUCACUACCGCCGCUAUCUGCGGCUCCGAUCUGCACAUGUAUCAAGGCCGUACCGCCGCCGAAUCCGGCCUCAUCUUCGGUCACGAGAAUAUGGGCAUCAUCACCGAAGUCGGCCCCGGCGUGACGCUCCUCGAAAAGGGCGACCGCAUCGUGCUCCCCUUCAACGUGGCCGACGGCCGGUGCCGCAACUGCGAGGAGGGCAAGACGGCGUUCUGCACGGGCGUCAACCCGGGCUUCGCUGGUGGCGCGUACGGCUACGUCGCCAUGGGGCCGUAUAAGGGUGGCCAAGCACAGUAUCUGCGCGUGCCAUAUGCAGACUUCAACGCACUGAAGCUGCCGAAGGGAACGGAGCAUGAGGCGGAUUUCUCGCUGUUGGCGGACAUCUUCCCCACGGGCUGGCACGGGCUGGUGCUGUCUGGCUUCCAGCCGGGCGAGAGUGUAGCCAUCUUCGGUGCUGGGCCCGUGGGAUUGAUGGCCGCCUACUCGGCGGUCAUCAGGGGCGCGAGCCGUGUGUUUGUGGUGGAUCAGGUGGCCGAGAGGCUGCAGGCGGCGGAGAAGAUUGGCUGCACGCCUAUCAACUUCACCGAGAGCGACCCGGUCGAGCAGAUCAUUCAGAAGAACGGAGGUAUGGUGGACCGAGCCGUUGAUGCUGUUGGGUAUCAGGCGGUCGACAAGAGCGGGAAUAAGGAGCAGCCGAACAUCGUCCUGGAUCAGUUGAUCAUGGUGACGCGGCCAACAGGAGGCCUGGGUAUCCCGGGCCUUUACGUGCCUUCAGACCCCGGCGCGCCGGACGAGCAGAGCGGAAAGGGCCAGAUCUUGAUUUCUUUUGGGAAGCUGUUCGAAAAGGGCUUGUCGCUGGGUACAGGCCAAUGUAACGUCAAGAAAUAUAACCGGUACCUGAGAGAUCUGAUCAUCUCCGGAAGGGCGAAGCCAUCGUUUGUCGUAUCGCACGAAGUCGACAUCGAUGAUGCGUCGGACGCGUAUGAGAAGUUUGACAAGCGGAUAGAUGGGUAUACCAAGGUGUUGAUCCAUCCAAAUGGUCCCAUAGACAAGCUUCAGGGCUAG